AUGGGGGACCAACAGGUGGUAUUUAUGAGCCCACAGGCAGAGAACCUCGAGUAUUUAUAUAGCCUUGUUGAUAAAAUCUCGCAACAGAUGACAGAGAACAAGUUGAAAAGGGCCGAACUUUUGCGCGAAAUUGACGUCUUAGUCAAUGAAUCAAACCGCUUGUCGUCUAAGAAGCAGCCGCAGGAUUCCAACUUGCCAGUCAUUGCGAAUUUUUUGAAACAGAGAAAUGUGUAUGUUAAGGAUGUGACACACCACAGCGACAACCAGGACGAUGUUGAACUGGAAUGUCUGCGAAGGCAAAACAGUCUGCUUAAGGCGAUGCUAAGAGACAAAUGCAGCAACAACAACGAGACGUUGGCACUGCUGAAAGUGCACGAAGGAUAUCUGUCAGACGUGGUUAGUCUGCUGAGACGAGACGUACUGUCUUAUCAUCAGGCAUUGAUCGGAAGAUGUCGUGCGCUUUACGAAGAACGGGUUUGCAUGCUAGAGGACGAGGAGUUUCGACGUUACAUGGAGAAUAUUAGUGACAUACAGGAGCUCAUGGAAAUCUCGGAAAUUUUCAGACUGUUGCUCCGAUUGACAUGA